AUGGCUACCCGUGUCCAAUUCGAAAACAACAGCGAUAUCGGCGUAUUCGCCAAGCUGACGAACAGCUACUGCCUCUGUGCAAUUCAAGGCAGCACAAACUUCUACUCCGCCUUCGAGAGCGAACUAGGCGAUGUUAUUCCGAUCGUACACACAAGUAUUGGCGGUACGAGGAUAAUAGGACGAUUGACGGCAGGAAACCGUCACGGACUUCUUGUACCCUCCACAACCACCGACCAGGAGCUGCAGCAUUUGCGGAACUCACUACCUGAUGCGAUUGCUAUUCAGCGGGUAGAAGAGCGACUAUCGGCUCUCGGAAACGUCAUUGCAUGUAACGACUACGUCGCGCUCGUCCAUCCCGAUGUGGAUCGAGAGACAGAGGAGAUUAUCGCUGACGUCCUCAAGGUGGAAGUCUUCCGCCAGACUAUUGCGGACAAUGUGCUCGUGGGCAGCUAUUGCGCCAUCACGAAUCAAGGUGGGCUCGUCCACCCCAAGACGAGCGUGCAGGAUCAGGAUGAGCUGAGCAGUCUGCUGCAAAUUCCACUCGUGGCGGGUACGGUGAACCGUGGCUCAGACGUGAUCGGGGCCGGUCUUGUGGUGAACGAUUGGUGCGCAUUCACGGGUUUCGACACCACGGCGACAGAGAUCAGCGUCAUUGAGGCUACAUUCAAGCUACAAGGCCAAAGCUCGGCAGCAGUUAUCGGAGAGAUGCGCGAUUCCCUUAUUGACAGCUGGGCAUGA